AUGUGCAGAUGUCAUGUGGAGGUCUGUAAGAGCAGAGAAACAGGGGAACUGAAACACGAUCUUCCCUCUGCAGCCUUCCUCAUCAUACCCAUCCUCUCCACCAGCAACCUCCCUCGCACUCCACUCGGCCACUCCUCCCGGAAGCUCCCGGCCAAGAACUCCCAUCGACGACGCCGCAUCGGCCGACGCCAGCUCCCGGCGAGCUACCAGCCCCCACAGUCCGUCGUCGAUGCCCCGUUCAUACCCCUGCCCACCCGACGACACUUCCGCAUCUCUCACGUGGGCAACCAACGAAGACGGCCGGCGCUGGGCACGGUGGUCUACACCAAUCACUCUUCCUCUGAAUCGGACGAGUACUGCUCCGAAGAUGCCCACCAUAAACCCGAGCCCGUCGAACACUUCAGACUCGUCUUUGGAAAGAGACUCAGAGGCGAAGAGCAAGAGUUCCGAGGGCUUAGCGCCAUGAAAGGAUCCCGUCUAUCCGCCCGGCCUUCAACAGCCACCUUUUCCUCGCCUCACCACGAUCAUCCCGAGAGCAACCACACCCAGAAGCCCAGCCCCCCAAGACCUGAGCCAGCUGUCCAUGAGAAGCAGCACGAGCCCACACUGGAGAAGAAGUCCAUCAGUUUCGCCGCAACCACCCAAGCCUGCACUCAGCGGAUCUCGACCCAGAUUGACUCCAGCCUGAGCUUCCUAAGCUGCCAGCUCAAGUAA